UCAGGUGACAGUCACAUGGUCCAGUCAGCUGAUGCUAACGCUAGCCCGACAGCCCGACGGACGGACGGUUCUCCUGCUGCAGGGACGGAUCUGACGGUCGGACAGGAUGCCUUUCUCCGAGCUGUACUUCAACGUGGACAACGGCUACCUCGAGGGGCUGGUGCGGGGCUUCAAAGCCGGAAUACUGUCGCAGGCGGAUUAUCUGAACCUGGUCCAGUGCGAGACCCUGGAAGACCUGAAGCUCCACCUGCAGAGCACAGACUAUGGCAGCUUCCUGGCCAACGAGGCGUCUCCUCUCACCGUGUCCGUCAUCGACGACAAGCUCAAGGAGAAGAUGGUGGUGGAGUUCCGCCACAUGAGAAACCAGUCGUACGAGCCGCUGGCCAGCUUCAUGGACUUCAUCACGUACAGCUACAUGAUCGAUAACGUCAUCCUGCUGAUCACCGGCACUCUGCACCAGCGCGCCAUCUCUGAGCUGGUGCCCAAGUGUCACCCGCUGGGCAGCUUCGAGCAGAUGGAGGCGGUCAACAUCGCCCAGACGCCCGCCGAGCUUUACAACGCCAUCCUGGUGGACACGCCCCUGGCUGCGUUCUUCCAGGACUGUAUAUCCGAACAGGACCUGGACGAGAUGAACAUUGAAAUCAUUCGUAACACUCUCUACAAGGCGUACCUGGAGGCUUUCUAUAAGUUCUGCUCCAACCUCGGAGGAACCACGGCUGAUACCAUGUGUCCUAUUCUGGAGUUCGAAGCCGACCGGCGAGCCUUCAUCAUCACCAUCAACUCAUUCGGCACGGAGCUGUCCAAGGAGGACCGCGCCAAGCUCUUCCCGCACUGCGGCAAGCUUUACCCGGAAGGCCUCGCCCAGCUGGCCCGCGCAGACGACUACGAGCAGGUCAAGGCCGUCGCUGAUUUCUAUCCCGAGUACAAGCUGCUGUUUGAAGGCGCCGGCAGCAACCCGGGAGACAAAACACUGGAGGAUCGCUUCUUUGAGCACGAGGUGAAGCUGAACAAGCUGGCCUUCCUCAACCAGUUCCACUUCAGCGUCUUCUACGCCUACGUCAAGCUGAAGGAGCAGGAGUGCAGGAACAUCGUGUGGAUCGCGGAGUGCAUCGCCCAGCGGCAUCGCGCCAAGAUCGACAACUACAUUCCAAUCUUCUAAGCCUCCUCUUCUUCCCUCUCACCGUCCUCCUCCUCCUCCUCCUCCUCCUCCUCCUCUUCUUCUUCCCAUGAUCAUUUCAUUCAGUCGUCACGUCCUGAACAGCGUUCUCCGCUCGCUGUUAAAAGGUCGCGAUGGGUCCAUGCUAAAUUUUUCUCCAUUCUUCACUCGCAGGCGUGAAUUGUUUCUCGCCGCUCGGGAGUUUUGCUUGUCGUCACGUGACGUCCAGUUUAGGCUCGUCGGUGGAGGAAGACGAGACGAAGCCGGUCCGGCUGCGGUGGCAGGUGCCCGGCAACUCAUUUGACUUUCAAACGCUUGUGUAAACGUUGUGACGCCGACUGUGUUGUUUUUCGUCCGGUAAAAUAAACCAGGGAGACGAAUUUGCAAUUUACUGAGAGCAGACAGAGAAAAGGCUUGAUUUAGCUUUUCCCCAGAACUCCCGGUGAAAGUAAAGACCAACCUCCUUCACACGAACGAGCUAAAGGUGAAAUAUACUGUAAUGUUUAUUAAUCAUGGAUCAAAAUCUAUAAAAAAUGAAUUUAAAAAAAGACAACCUCUACAUCCUCCGGCUCAAAGCAGACGUGAAAACAUUCCUCUGCUCUGCGUCUCCGUCGCAUUCUGCAUAACCUGUAUUUAUUUCUGUUUUAGUGCUUUAGGUUUUGUCAGUAUGUCUGGUCAUUACUGUGGUCCCCCCCCCCCCAAUACUAACGAGUGAAACGUGUGAGUAAAUAUUAAAAACACGACGGCUGAGCAGGAGCUCCGGUCCUCGUCCUCCCUGUUCCCGUGUGAAGUGUCUGUAAAUGAAAUGAGACAAAAUCCAGUGAGUAUACGACAGACGUGACGUUUAAACUAUAAAAGAUAUAUAGAUAUUUAAAAAUGGCUAUAUUAUGAUUUUUGUUUUCAUAUGCUGUAAAAAAAGAAUUUGAUUUAUUGCUGUUUUGAUCCGUUUCUUACUUGUGAAAUGUGUGUUGUAAAUGUGGUUGGAAAGAAAAAAAAUAAACGGACAAAGCUGCACAACUGCAGCUCUACAGAAAUGUCAAGACUCACCUCAA